AUGCUCGUUAGUGAAUAGGCCCCACCCGAAACACACAGACAGUCGUGUUUUCAUCUGCCAAACACGUCUUUCGUUCCCUUGACAGUCAGUGAUGUGCCUUUUAUUUGCUCACAUUUUUAGUUUUUAAAUAAUAUCGUUUGUUUGAGAUUAACGGCUUUUGCAGAGUUUUGGGUUUUUGAGGUGAUCCAGUGAAAGAAAACAACUAUUUACGUGGAGUUCUAGACGAUGUGUAGAGAGAUCCGUUGCUAACUGGGGCAACAGGUGUCCCGUCAAAUAUUGUUGUCAUUUAAUUUGACAGUGCUUAUUUUUCUUGUGGCUUACAAUCCUGAAAUUCAAUCAGCCUCAAAAUGGGGCUCCUUCCGUUGGAGUUUACAGAGUGCCUAACAGACAGUCCAUACUUCAGGGAAAAUCUCCAAGGCCACGAAAAAGAGUUGGAGAAAACCAGUCUUGCUAUUAAAGUGCUAAUUAAGGAAGUUAAGGACCUCGUCAAUGCUGCAAGAGCUUUGUCUCGGGCGCAGCGAAGUCUUGCCACAAGUUUGAUGAGCUUUCAGUUCGAAUGCAUUGGCAACAGCCAGACGGAUGACGAGAUCGUCAUUGCCGGAUCGUUGAAAGAAUUUGGUCGACUCAUCAACGCCAUCGAAGAUGAACGGGAUCGGAUGUUGGAACGAGCAAAGGAUCAAUUUAUCGGGCCAUUGGAGAACUUUCGUAAAGAACACAUCGGCGGCGCCAAGGAGGAGAAGAAGAAAUUUGAGAAGCAGACGGCCAAAUUCGUUCAGAGUCAAGAGCGCCACUUGAACCUAUCGACUAAGAAACAGGAUUCCGUCCUACAGGAGGCGGAUGCGAUUUUGGAGAUGGAGCAGCGCCACUUUUGCCAGGCCAGCCUGGAAUACGUCUUCCGUUUGCAAGAAGUUCACGAACGUAAAAAAUUCGAGUUCGUGGAAACGCUAUUGGGCUUUAUGUAUGGCUGGCUAACUUUCUAUCAUCAGGGCUACGAGGUGGCCAAAGAGUUUCGACCCUAUAUGACUGAUUUACAAGUGCGCCUCCAAAAGACCCGGGAAAAUUUCAACACAACAAGGGAGGAGGCCGAGUCGUUGAUGCGCAAGAUGCUGGAGAAGCCGUGUGACCCGGGCAGUUUGAACAAAAUGUACACAAGGCAAGGCUAUCUCUACGUCAUGGAGAAAAAGGCAUUUGGGACGACUUGGUCGAAACAUUAUUGCCAGUACACCAAGGAAAACCGCAUUUUCACCAUGAUACCGUACACGCAAACGAUUGGAAAAAUUACCACAACGGACACUAUGGAAAUAAAGUCGUGUACUCGCCGUAUGUCAGAAUCGAUUGAGAAAAGAUUCUGCUUCGACAUUACGCCGAAGGAUCGGCUGGUGAUGGUGAUCACAUUACAGGCGUUAUCGGAGGACGAUCGCCGGCUGUGGCUUGAUGCGAUGGAUGGCAAAGAGCCGACCUACGCCCAACCUGGAAAAUCAUCCAAACAUGAAGAAACCUGUUUAGAUGAGGUUGGCUUUCUUUUUAUUCGCACGUGCAUUAAAGAAAUUGAAAACCGAGGUCUGGAAGAUCAAGGAUUGUAUCGGCUGGUUGGCGUUUCUUCCAAAGUCAGCAAGCUGCUUUCUAUGGGACUCGAUCGGCGAAAAGUAGAAAAACUCAACUUGGAGGACCGUUUAGAAUGGGAAAACAAAACCAUUACUAGCGCCAUUAAAACCUACUUGCGUCAAUUACCCGAACCGCUCAUGUCCUUCCGCUAUCACACUGCCUUUAUUGCGGCUGCAAAGCAAGAAUCACGACUUCACCGAACUGCCGACGUGCACGCCCUAGUUCAUCGACUGCCUGAAAACCACUUUAAAAUGUUGGAUAUCAUGAUAACUCAUCUCAAAAAUGUCGCUGCUAAGGCAGACAAAAAUCUUAUGACCGUUUCUAACCUCGGCGUGUGUUUUGGACCAACGCUGCUACGACCGGAAGAAGAGACUAUGGCAGCUAUUAUGGAUAUCAAAUUUUGCAACGUCGUAGUCGAAAUUAUGAUAGAAAACUCGGAUAAGAUUUUCAAGACGAAGCCGGAUCCGUCAGAAUUACCAAUAAAAAAUCCAGCAACGGUCAACAUGCGUCCACCGUCACCGCCAGCCUAUCAACCGCCACCCCAGGUGUAUACUGGUGGCGGAGGCAUUGGAGGGCCAACGCCCACAUCUUUGAUUCACCGUCAGCCUGCUACUAGUUACAGUCUUAUACCCCCUAUUGCUCAAGCUCAUCUCAGUCCACCACCUUCAUCUCCCUAUGUCGACGGCCCGUCCCGGCAAAUGAUCACUUCGAAUAGUGCUGGAGUCCGUAAUCCUUCACAGCCUCAGCAACGGGUAACUUAUCCAUCAAGUCCUACCACGGCUGAACUGUGGUCCGGUAACAAGAUGCCUCCUGCAGUUCAAACGCAACCUCAUGCAUCUGGAACAUCAAGGUCAAAUUUACGGCCAGGUUCAGCUGGACCGUUAUCUAAUGUGCCGGCGGGUCGUCCGCUAGGAGUCAUUCCACCAUUGAGUUCUGCCAAUUCAGCACCAGAACGACCUCAUAGCAACACCAGUCUAAGUUCAAGUGACUCUGCACCUGGCUCAACUGUAUCUUCGUCACGCUCCUCGUCCAGAGACCCUUUGCCUCCUCUUGCUUCUUUCCCUUCGAUAGCACCAACACCUCCAAUAGUAUUAGGAAAUUCUUCGACAGUUUCAUUCAAUGGUCAGCCUCCAGCAUCGAAGCCGCCAUAUGGUUUAAAUUCGACGCAACUGCAGCUGGUGCCGGCAUCUGUUGCAAAUGUAGAUGCAUCGGACACUACCAAAAUAAGUACCAACCAGUUAAGAAGAGUAAGAACUCUAUACGCCUGUGUAGGAGAGAAUGAAACGGAGUUAACUUUCGAACCCAAUCAGAUCAUCGUCAAUGUACGGCCAUCCAGAGAACCUGGCUGGCUAGAGGGGGUGUUAAAUGGGCGUGCAGGUCUUAUCCCAGAAAAUUACGUGGAGUUUCUGCCGUGAAAGAUAGUUUCAAUCGAGAGAAAUCUUAUAAUUUUGUUGUAAAAGUAUAUCCGUCAGCCCGUAUCAUCCGACGGGCUCAGUAGAAUUGUUUGUGUUCCAUCUGUUUUGCCCCGUAUUUUGUCAGAAACUUUUCAUUCCAAGCGACGACGUAAUUGUAGCACUCCGUCAACCGAUCACUUGUAUUCUAACAUUGUAUUUUGUUCUUUGCUCUCAGAAAUGUCAUUAUUCUUCGUGAUACCGUACAUUUUUCCGUUGUCGUUUUGUUGUUUUACAACACUUUAGCGUUUGUUGACCAAAGAUGGGACAUGUCUGGAUUUACAGGUUUCCCUUAUGUUAUCUCACCUGCGCCAGUCUGUGUGCCAGCUGAAGUGAAGUGCUCGUUCUGUUAAAAUCUGCAGGAAAGAUCAAAACUCGGUGUACAGGUACUGAAGCCGUGUGAAGAGACUAUUUUAAGGACAAAUAUGUACAGGCUUGUUAAAUAGCAAUAAACGCCCCAUUGAUGAGAAUUAAAA